AUGGCCUCCAAGCUCGCCCCCAUGGCCUUCAGAAGCAGCAGCAGAGCUCUGCGCGUCCUCGCCAGACAACAACCCCGCCGCUCCUUCGCCGUCUCUUCCGUUUCCCGUAGCGACUCGCUCUUCGUCCACCGCGACUCACCAGAGAACAACCUCGAUGUCCCCUUCAAGUUCAACGCCCAAAACGAGAAGCUCAUUGAGGAAGUCCUCAGCCGAUACCCUACGCAAUACAAGAAGGCUGCCGUCAUGCCCUUGCUCGAUCUCGGCCAGCGCCAACACGGUUUCUGCAGCAUCAGCGUCAUGAACGAGGUCGCCCGCAGACUGGAAAUGCCNCCCAUGCGUGUCUACGAGGUUGCCACUUUCUACACCAUGUACAACAGAGAGCCCGUUGGUCGUUACCACGUUCAAUGCUGCACCACCGCUAUUGAGGAGGAGCUCAAGAUUCACCACGGCGAGACCACAGAGGACAAGCUUUUCACCUUCACCGAAGUUGAAUGUCUGGGUGCAUGCGCCAACGCCCCUAUGGUCCAGAUCAACGACGACUACUACGAGGACCUGACUCCUGAGACGACAAAAUCGCUGCUCAAGGCUCUUAGGGAAGCUGCACAGAAGGCCGGCGCAAGUGGACAGGCUUCCGGUCUUGCUGGCGAGGCUGGAAAGGCCGAGGGAGCUGGAGGUUCAGGCACCACAAUCUCUGAGCAAGGAAGAGGCUACGCUGCACAGGGUGUCAAGCUCCCUACCCCUGGUCCUCUCAGUGGCCGCGAGUCUUGUGAGCCUGCCCAGGGCUUGACCAGUUUGAACAGCGAGAUGUGGGGCAACGAGAAGCUCAGAACCGAUGGUGCUCUCGACUAG